AGACAAUAUAUCCCGCGCAUUUGAUUUAUUUUUGUUCCAUUUUCUAAAAUCGAGCCUUUGGGUUUUGCGUCGGUUCGUAGUGGUGGUGACGAAAUAAUGGAUUCGCUUCUUGAACCGUCGCUGCUUGAAAAUGGUGGACACUUGAAGGGAUCCAGCAAGGAGGUGCGUAACAUGUCGUCGUCGUCGUCGUCGUCGUCGUCGUUGCGGAAGAAGUCCGAUCUCACACUUAUUCAGAACGUCCGCUGCGGGAUGCUCCGACAGCUGCUGACUAAUCUCCAAGAGGUCAUACUCGGAAGUAAGCUGUCCAUUCUGUUUCCAGCUAUUCCGUUGGCUGUCGUCGCCAAGUACCACGGAUUCGGAAGAGUGAGUAUUUUGUGUCUGUGCUUUUAAGGAUUUCAAUAAAAUUAAAGCAAAAGGAGAGGGGACUGCAGCAGUCUGAAUUACUACUCUUAAGGGUUUUAAAUAUCCAACAAAGGAAGGAUUUAUGAGAGUAUAAGAUAAAGUUUAUAAAGAAUUUCGUUUUGC